AAAAAAAAUUUGUCAAAUGCUUUAAUGUUCAUUGAUUCAUGUGUUGAUAUCAUAUACUCCUGUGUCUUCUAAUCUUGUUUGUUAGUGUUUCAGUGUAAGACCAGGAUAAUUCUUUCAGUUCAACAUGGAUCUUUAUUCUCAGCAAUUUGGAUGUUUCAAUGAAUAUCAUAAUUUGGAUACUGGGCAAGUGAGGCACAUAUGUACUAAUUGUGGCAGUCCUUCUCAUCCAGUUGCUAUAUGUCAUCUCAUUCAAAAGACUGCUAGAUUUCCUAUGGAACCCCAGUAUUUCCAACAUCAAUAUCAACAUGCAUAUGAUCCAGCUCCUAAUACUUAUAGUCAUGACUGGGGCAAUUAUUCGACUCAGUACUUUCAACCCCAGAUUCCAGAGCAGCAUGGGUACUUCCAAUCCCAAUGCUAUCAACCCCAACAAAUUCCUGAGCAGUAUGGAAAUACACAGCAACAGGCUAUUGAGCAUCCUCAGUGUUACAAUUCAAACUGGAUGAACCAUCCCAAUUUUAUGCAUGGGAAUGAUCAACAAGUGGAUCAAUCUUUUUCAUCAUAUCAGAUGCCACAAGGAUUUCAGGAUGAUCCUAUGCCCACAUGGUCACAUUCAGUCCAGCAGACCGAACCAGCUCCUUGGGGGGCAUUUCAAGAGAGCACUGAAGAAGUUCAUGUCCCUAGUCAAUCAAUAUUUCAAGAUUUGAAGGAUGUAAUGCAGCAGAUGCAACAACAACAAGAGGCAUAUACCCAGUCUCAACAAAGAAAUGAAGCAUCACUACAGAAUUGUCAGAUGUAUCUGGAUCAAAUUGCAACAUCUAUCAACCAAUGACAAGCCCAAUUAUCUAGUGAGGAGAUGGAUUCUAGAUAUUGUCAAAGCCUUGACCCUGAUUCUACUCCUAUACAAGACUCCUCUACCUUUUUAUGUGAUGAUGUUGUAGUUGUAGAUGAUUUUGCUUCUUCUAAUAUUGUUGCUGCAGAUAUUGUUGAUGCAGGUGUUGUUGGUGAUGUUGAGGAGCUAGCUGAGCCUGAUUAUACAUUUGUUGAUAAGGAAAGUGUAGGAGAUUGCAAAUUGGAAGCAAUACCCCAAGAAUUACCUCUUUUGAUUGGACCAUCACUUGAACCAAAUGUGGAUGACAAGAGUGUAGGGACUUGUGCUGAGGAGGCAGAGCCCCAAGAAUCACUUCUUUUUUAUGCACCACCAGAGUCUGAGUUAUUACUUGAUAAAGAGGAAGCCACAUCCACUGUUCUAGAACCUCCAGGCCCUUGAAGUGGAUGCUUAAGUCGAACCGCCUUCAACCUCCGGGAAGAACUUUCAAAAAGAAUAGGGGGAAGGGAGCGGUCUUUACUUCAAAUGCAAAUAUUCCACUCCCAACUUGGAUUUUGCACCUUAAUCGUUUGCAACCACCGGGAAAGAUCAUUCCACUACCGGCGUGGCUUCUACUUCUGAAUCGUCUUCAGCCGCCAGGAAUAAAGGGGAGUUCGUUCCUUUCCUUUCGUUUUCUUGCUUCUAUUUAUCUUUAUACUUGCAUGUUUGUUUACUUCCAUACUUUGCUUUCAUACUUUGUUUUCUUGUUUUGCAUUUUGUUUGAUCUUGUUUAUACCUUGCUUGAUUUUGAGUCAUAUCUCCCUAGAUGUCCCUUUAUAAUGCUUUGAGAAUUGAAAAAGACAGUUAAGUUUGACUAUCAAGUUUUGGUUUCCUUGGUAUAUUUGGGUACAUUAAUUGCAUUAGUCAUUUGUUUUGGUGAUUGACUCUAUCUUGUUAGAUUAUGCAUGAUAUUUGAUUAUUCACCUAGUGAGGUUGUUCCCAUGCUUAUCCUUUAUCCUUUUGUGUGUGAUAGCACUUGUGAUACUUGACACUCUAGAACUUGCUUUGAUUCUUUUUGAAAUUAUGGUAACAUAAGUUUGCAUGAAUAUGAUAGAGGCAAAUUUUCUUAUUCAUCUCUUAGUUGUUCCUCUACUUUGUUGUUCUUAUCAGUAAACAUUUCACCUAUUGCUUUCAUGUUUCAUUGUACUUCCCUUGUCAUAUCUUCUCAUUGUCGUUAUAUUUUCACUAGGAUAUCUUUAUCGAUUCAUUCAUUCCCUAGUCUUUUGAUGAGAGCAUUGGGUGAUUGCAUGAUGAGUUACAUUUUCUUUAUUACAUCUUUAUUGGUUUAUUUUUAGCCCCCUUUUGUUGUGAGUAAUAUCAUGAUUUGUUAUAUUGUCCGAGACAGACAAGUUUAAGUGUGGGGGGGAGGCAAAUAUGUAUGAACGAAUGCUUGUU